UCGCAGGCAAAUUUCCAACGGUGAACUCCACUAAGAGGAAGAAAUAAAAAACUCUAAGUAAUCUGUGCCACAUUUUGGAAAAAUAAAAAAAAAAAAUAUUCAGAUACUUUUAAAGAAUAAACAAGAUUCGUGGUUGUUUAUUAUAUUUAAAUAAUUUUGUUUUCGUUUGGUGUUUUAAAUAAAUUAAAUUUUUUUCUUGUUUUAAUUUAUAUCUCUCGUAUUAUCACCUGCUUAAAGUAAAUUCCAAAAGCCAUUUAUACUUCUAUUAUCUUUUCCUCGUACUUUGAGAUAAUAGAUAGUCUGUUUUGCUGACUGUUCAGUUGACUCGUAUCUAAACAAUUAAAACGGCUGAAAUUACAGUGAAUCUUAUUAGUCGACGUCUGUCAGCGUCUAAUUAGAGAAGAUGUCGGGUUUGGAAAUCCUUCCGGCUGCUUUCAGUGCAAAAAGCCUGCUGUUGCUACUCACGUUUUUAUUUGCGCACAUAUGCACCAUUGAAGCUGCUUUAUUUGAUGGAUGCGAUCAUCAAUACAAUAUUAAUGCCGGCAAAUCGGUUUUGCAAUCUCCAUACUAUGAUAGUUAUUAUCCCGCAGGUACUUCCUGCCGUUACAAGUUCAUAGCGCCUCUGGACUAUGAAAUACAAGUCAACUGCACUAUUGAUACCGACAAGAAUGGAAAUCAAUGUUCGACAGAAUUUUUUUACUUGGCACGUGAUGGCGAUGUUCAAUUGCGUGGCUCUGAGCAGUUCUGUGGUCAAGGAACUUUUGUUAGAAAGUCUGUAUUUCGCUCAGUCACCAUGGCUUACGUAUCCUACGGAUCGUGGGGUCGUUUCUCUUGUGAUUUAUAUGCUAAACCACAAGCCUGCGAUUGUGGAUGGUCCGUGAAUACAAGAAUUGUCAAUGGUCAAGAAACAAGUGUUAACGAAUUUCCAGGCAUGGUGGCACUUAAGGACCUUGACACCAAUCUACCACUUUUCUGUGGAGGUUCAAUCGUGGCUCACUAUUACAUACUAACUGCUGCCCACUGUACUCGACAGCAGCCAAGUGCUUCCAGAAUUCAGGCACUUGUUGGAGACCAUGAUCUUUCAUCCUCAACCGAGUCAAGAUAUGCAGAAACAUAUGCUAUUGCAAGUAUCAUAGAGCAUCCCGGUUACACAUCGGACCCAGUAUCAAAUGAUAUUGCACUUCUGAGAACUGUUCAACCCAUAGAAUGGUCACGUGGUGUCGGACCCAUUUGUUUACCACCACCUGCGAAUGCUUAUGACACAUUUGACUAUGACUAUGUUGACGUUGCCGGCUGGGGUACGAUUUCCUUUGGUGGAGCUAUUUCCAAUAAAUUGCAAAAAGUAAACUUAAUGAUCUUGGAUCAGAAUACAUGCCAGCAAGCCUAUCAGGGUGUUUCGAUUUCUACAUCUCAGAUGUGCACUUAUGAUUAUACGGGAAGUAGUCGCGACAGCUGUCAAUUCGAUUCGGGCGGUCCCGUUAUUAAACGUGGUGCACGCAUGUUCUUAUUGGGUUGCAUCAGUUUCGGCAACAUUUGCGGUCAAGGCGGAUAUGCUACAGGGAUCAACACGCGCAUUACGUCUUAUCUUGCAUGGAUAAAUGCUAACAUCCAAUAUACUUCGUGCAUCGUUACUAUGUAGACUGGAAGCGAAUAAAAAAAUACUUUUAUGAAAUGUGAAUAAGAUUGGGCAAUAAAAUUGUAAAUAAAAAGAUAUUUGUUUUA